AUGGGCUGGUCAUCGCCCGAUAGCAUCCUCACGAGGCUCUUCUCUGGCGACCCUUUGAUCAUCGCCAUCGCACUCCUCAUCACAUUCGGUCUACCAGUCUGUUUACAUCUCUAUUUCUACACUCAGGCAAAUCGAACGAAGUCCACCCCAACCUUCCUCCUCCUAGGGCCCAGUGGUGCCGGCAAGACAUCUUUCGUGUCUUUGAUACAAAAACAAUCCUCCAAUCCUGAAGAAAAGGAAUCCGAACCAUCCCCAACUCGGACUUCCCAAGUCAAGACAAAUGUCAGCUUACUUCUUCCGGGCACGAUUCCUCUCGGAUCCAACAAGUAUCGUUCUCAAAACGAUGCGUCCUUGAAAGACAAACAUCCGACUCCUUACAGCAUAAUCGACACUCCGGGGCAUGGGAAGUUGAGACUCGAACAUGCCUUGUCGCAACUCAAUAAUCCUGCUUUGCGCGGGGUAAUCUUUGUGGUGGAUUCCAGUGUUCUUGAUUCCAGUGACUCUUCUGCUUCUCGGGACACCGCCGCAUACCUGCACGAUACGUUGCUUGCGCUACAGAGGAGACUAUCAGACAAAGGGUCAAAGAAGCCCAAAGCCGCGCUUCCCGUGCUGAUUGCAGCGAACAAGCAGGACCUGUUCACGGCUCUACCAACUGGCGCAGUUAAAGAUCGUCUACAGUCUGAGAUUGAGCGGGUUCGAGUAUCGAGAAGCAAGGGACUUAGUGCGGUAGGUCAGGACACAGAUGAGGACGAAGGAGACGAUGUUCUUGGAGGUGGAGGAGAAGAUAAAUUCACAUUCAAACUGCUGGAAGAAGAAUAUGAUACCAAAAUCGAUGUUAUUGGCGGCGCAGUCAAAGGUGAAGAAGCUGGCAAGGGUGUGCAGAGAUGGCUAGAAUGGAUAGGUGGCUGUCUGUGA